AUGGUAGCGGAAACCAAACUCUACGAUGCCUUGAGCGUCAAGCCCGAAGCCACCCAAGAUGAAAUAAAGAAAGCAUACCGCAAGGCUGCCCUCAAGCACCACCCAGACAAGAACAAGGAUAACCCUCAAUCCGCCGAAAAAUUCAAAGAUGUCUCACAAGCCUACGAAGUCCUCUCUGACCCCGAAAAACGCAAGGUCUACGACCAGUUCGGACUCGACUAUCUGAUGCGCGGCGGCCCUGCACCCCCACCACCCGGAAGCGGCAGUGGCGGAGGAACCGGCUUCGACGGCGGCAUGCCCGGAGGAUUCAACUUUGGCGGCAUGCCUAGCGGCGGAAGCCGGAAGUUCCACUUCUCGACCGGUCCUGGCGGCGGCGGUGCCGGCGGGUUCAGCUUCAGUGAUGCGGAUGAUAUUUUCCGGAACUUCGCUAAGGGCAGUGGCGGCAUGGGCGGUGGUGGUAUGGGCGGUGGUAUGGGCGGCAUAGACGACGACGAUUUGCUCUCAUCCGUGUUUGGUAGCGGUAUGGGUGGAGGCAGUGGCUUCCGCAGCAGUCGCCCGGGUGCUGGAUACUCCAAGCCUAAGCGUGCGCCUACGCCUGAGCCUACUAUUGUUGAGAAAGACCUGCCUCUUACUUUGGAGGAGAUUUACAAUGGGACUUCGAAGAAGGUUAAGACGAAGAGCAAGGCCUUUGACCCGAUGGGAAAGCGGACUACACAAGAAGUCACGCUUGAAGCCAAUAUCAAGCCUGGCUUGCGUGCUGGAUCGAAGAUCAAAUACAGAAACAUCGGUGAUCAGGAAGAAGGGGGACGACAAGAUGUGCACUUGAUUGUUAAAGAGAUUCCACACCCCACCCUCAAGCGCUCUGGCGACAACCUCGUGACCGAAGUCGAACUCACCCUGAAAGAAGCCCUGACAGGAUGGGAGCGAAUCAUUCGAACCAUUGACGGCAAGUCAAUUCGCGUCUCUAAGCCUGGUCCAACCCAACCCGGUCACCAGGAACGAUACCCCGAAAUGGGCAUGGUGCUCUCGAAAGACCCUAGCAAGCGUGGCGACCUCCUCAUCCAAGUCAACGUCAAGUUCCCCACCAGCUUGACUGCACAACAGAAAGACAUUCUGAAGGAUGUCCUACCUUGA